UUGAGUAUGGCGCAGCUUGAGGGGGCCCUGGCAGACGCCUGCAAAUCAACCUCGUGAUUUGGGGGCGCUCGGAAACCCCCGCGGACGGCGGCGAGCAGCGCGUGCAGCCGUGGGGGAAAGGAGUCGGGCGGCAGGAGGGGCGGCCCGUAGCUCAGGCGGGACACAGAGCCGGCAGGCGGGCGGCCGGCCGGCAGGGCUGCCCGGCGCGGGUGUCCCGGCGAUGUGUGGCGCUGAAGCGGCAUCGGGAGCAGCAGCGGUGGCGGCGGCGGCCUCGGCUUCGGCUUCGCAGCGGUGCCGGCGGCGGAGACGGAGGCGCAGGUUCCUCAUUAGGACCUGGCGAGCCCAGGCCUAAUCGGCGGCCCCGCGAGGCCUCUACAACGCGCCCCGGACGGGGACCCUCCUCGCCUCGCCCUGCCCCGGGAGCUUGCCUCCCCGGCCGGGGAUGAAGCCGGGAGGCGGCCGCGCGGGGCCCAGCACAAAGGCUUGUCCCCGGGGGCCGCCGCCGCCAGCCUAGAGCCGCCCACCGAAGCGGAACCGGCGCCGGGGCCCUCAUCCCCGCCGGUCCCUGGGGGCGGCUGCUGCCCGUCUCCCCGAGGCCCGGGGGCCCGAACGCCGAGCCCAGUGCUCCCUCGGCUACGGUGGGACUACGGUGCGCAGUCUCCGCCGCUCCCGGCCGUAGAGGCGCCACGGAGCAUGUCCGAGGAGAGCGACAUGGAGAAAGCCAUCAAGGAUGUAUGCUCUUAAUUAUGUUUUCUUGCCUUAUGCCAUGGGUAGAACCUCAGGUACAAAGUUGAAUGAAAGUGGCAAAAAUGGACAUCUUGCCUUGUUCCUGAUCUCAGGGGGAAAGCAUUAAAGCCUUAUCACUGAGAAACCUCCAUUUUAGAGGAAUACAAUAUCAAUUGGACUCAGAAGCUGGGAGCUGGAAUUAGUGGUCCAGUUAGAGUCUGUGUAAAGAAAUCUACUCAAGAACGGUUUGCACUGAAAAUUCUUUUUGAUCGUCCAAAAGCUAGAAAUGAGGUACGUCUGCACAUGAUGUGUGCCACACACCCAAAUAUAGUUCAAAUUAUUGAAGUGUUUGCUAACAGUGUACAGUUUCCUCAUGAGUCCAGCCCCAGGGCUCGACUCUUAAUUGUAAUGGAGAUGAUGGAAGGGGGAGAGCUAUUUCACAGAAUCAGCCAGCACCGGCACUUUACAGAGAAGCAAGCCAGCCAAGUAACAAAGCAGAUAGCUUUGGCUCUACGGCACUGUCACUUGUUAAACAUUGCUCACAGAGACCUCAAGCCUGAAAAUCUGCUCUUCAAGGAUAACUCGUUGGAUGCCCCAGUGAAGUUGUGUGACUUUGGAUUUGCCAAAAUUGACCAAGGUGACUUGAUGACACCCCAAUUCACCCCUUAUUAUGUUGCACCUCAGGUACUGGAGGCACAGAGAAGGCACCAGAAGGAGAAAUCUGGCAUCAUACCUACCUCGCCAACGCCCUACACUUACAACAAGAGCUGUGACUUGUGGUCCCUAGGGGUGAUUAUCUACGUGAUGUUGUGCGGAUACCCUCCUUUUUACUCCAAACACCACAGCCGGACUAUCCCAAAGGAUAUGCGGAGAAAGAUCAUGACAGGCAGUUUUGAGUUCCCAGAAGAAGAGUGGAGCCAGAUUUCAGAGAUGGCCAAAGAUGUUGUGAGGAAGCUCUUGAAGGUCAAACCAGAGGAAAGACUCACCAUUGAGGGAGUAUUGGACCACCCGUGGCUCAACUCGACGGAGGCCUUGGAUAAUGUGCUACCGUCUGCUCAACUGAUGAUGGAUAAGGCGGUGGUUGCAGGAAUCCAGCAGGCUCACGCAGAACAGUUGGCCAACAUGAGAAUCCAGGAUCUGAAAGUCAGCCUCAAACCCCUUCACUCUGUGAACAACCCCAUUCUGAGGAAGAGGAAAUUACUCGGCACCAAGCCAAAGGAUGGUGUUUAUAUCCACGACCAUGAGAACGGAGCCGAGGAUUCAAACGUUGCCUUGGAAAAGCUCCGAGACGUGAUUGCUCAGUGUAUUCUCCCCCAGGCUGGUAAAGGAGAGAAUGAAGACGAAAAGUUGAAUGAAGUAAUGCAGGAGGCUUGGAAGUAUAACCGGGAAUGCAAACUUCUAAGAGAUACUCUGCAAAGCUUCAGCUGGAAUGGUCGUGGAUUCACAGAUAAAGUAGACCGACUAAAACUGGCAGAAAUUGUGAAGCAAGUGAUAGAAGAGCAAACCAUGUCCCACGAAUCCCAAUAAUGACAGCUUCAGACUUUGUUUUUUUAACAAUUUGAAAAAUUCUUCUUUAAUGUAUAAAGUAAUUUUUAUGUAAAUUAAUAAAUCGUAAUUUCAUUUCCACAUUAUCUAAAGACGCUGUAUAAAUUUAGAUACAGGACUUAUUCAUAGUAUAGUUCAUUUGUUUGUUUUUAAGAAAAGUUCAGUUCCUAGAGAUAUACUCUUACCCUAGGACUGCUUCUCAUAUGUUUGUAAGAUGACAGGUGGUAUCGUCAAACAAGAUUAUUUUAUUUGUAAUAAAGUGUACAAAAACCA